GCGCUAUGAAGCCGACUGCACACACCUUCACACGCAGCAACGCGUACGCGUCGUCACAGGACUUUGCAAGUUUUUUUUUCUGGGACUUAUCAGGCGCGAGGAAAAAUCAGCGAGCAGACUCAAAAGGAACGCGUUUGUCUUGAUUUGUUGGACUUUCACUCAUUUCUUUCUGUUGGAGUGAUAGUUUCUGAUCUUGGGACACUGUUGACAAGACGAAUUGAUGCUCUGCUGACUCUUGACAUUUGUUGAGACUGUUUCAAUAAGCAAGCCGGUAAGCUUACUUUCCCGACUUUAUGUCCACAAAGAUGGAACAACCUUUUUAUCAUGAUGACUCUUUUCUGUCGGCAUAUGGCCACUCAGACGCCGCAAUGCACGACUACAAGCUGCUAAAGCAGAAUAUGAAUUUGAACUUGACAGAGCCCUAUCGCAACCUGAAAUCGCACCUGAGGGCCGACUCGGACCCGUACCAGGGGGUGCAGCAGGACGUUGGGACCCUGAAGCUCGCGUCCCCAGAGCUCGAGAGGCUUAUCAUCCAAAACAGUAACGGUGUCAUCACCAGCCCGACCCCGGGGCAGUACUUCUACAAUCGGGGCAUCACCGAUGAGCAGGAGGGCUUCGCGGAGGGGUUCGUAAAAGCUUUGGAUGAGCUGCACAAGAUGAACCAAAUGCCUCAUUCGAUCUCCUCCAUCGGCGGCAGCGGAGUUAACACAUGCUCGCAAGCGGCCCCUAGUGUGUUCGGCUCGGGACUGCAACCCGAACCGCCCAUUUACACAACGCUGAACGCCUACUGCCCGAACACCGGACUCUCUUCAGCCUCCAGCUACCCCACAGCCACCAUCAGCUACCUGCCGCCCCACCAGCAGAACCACCCGCAGACCUCCGUGCACGGCGCUUUCCAGAACCACCACCCGGGUUCUGGGCUUCAUCCGCAGCGCCUCGUUGCUCUCAAAGAGGAACCGCAAACCGUGCCGGACCUCCUGAGCAGCGACGGCUCGCCUCCCAUGUCUCCUAUCAACCUGGAGACCCAGGAGAGGAUCAAAGCGGAGCGCAAGAGGCUGAGGAACCGACUGGCGGCGACCAAGUGCCGGCGGCGCAAACUGGAGCGCAUCGCUCGCCUGGAGGAGAAGGUGAAAGGUCUAAAGAGCGACAACGCCGGCCUGUCCAACACGGCCUCGGUACUCCGGGACCAGGUGGCCCAGCUCAAACGGAAAGUCUUGACGCAUGUGAGCAGCGGCUGUCAGCUGAUGCUCACGAGCAAGAUGGAGGCAUUUUAAACCCAGACUACAAAAAGAGUGACUUUAAGGUGAUAACACUGGAGUCGUAUGGUGCACAACAACACGAGGCAGCAGCGGGCCUUCGUAGACAACUAUGUUGUGUCUGUAUUGUGCAAAAAGACUGAUUGAAAUGGUACUUCCGGAUGCUGGACACCCCACAAAGAACCAUUCAACACUUCAUCAGCGCAGCAUUGGGCAAACACUGAGAGCCCUUAUUCUGGUUUACUAAAUGGCAGAAAUCAGUGAUCAAUAUGUCUUUGUAUAUUUGCCAUUGAUGAUAUUGUCAUCCAAUGCUGCAUAAUAUUCUUUGUGUAAAUUAUUGUUGUUUGUCCUGGUUGAUCCAGGCAAACUAACUAUGUCCAAUGUUUACAAUGUCUUUUUUAUGUGUGAUGUGUAUUUAAGUAAAGCGUCUCAAAAACAUGAUA